GCCUCAGGUAAGCACGCAGUGCGCGGGCGCCCGCGAUGGGCCAGGUCGGGCCUUGGCCUCCGGCUGCAAGAGCAUCUCGGGCUGAGGGCCCCGCGCAGGUGGAGGAGCGCGGGCAGCCGGGCGCUCACACUCGGCGCGGCGGAGGGGCCGGGCUGGGCAUGGGCACGCUGGCUCCAGCCCGUGGACCUGGUGGGGUGAGCGUGGAAUCCUCACUCGCGACUGAUCGGAUUCAAAGAACGAACUGGAAGGGAACAGAGGCGCUGCCCUGGCUGGGUUGCUGCCUCCGCGUCCUUUCCGAGUUCCAAGGUCUCGCCAGUAAGCAGGACGAGGAGCUGUCACGGGGACACCUGAGUCCGGGGGUCACUCUAUCGCUCCACGUGGGGCUCCUGGCCGUGCCCACUCCCCUCUUUGUUGUUCAACGAAACCGGUAUCCGCAGCCCCGAGACCUCCACGGGAACCCUGCGCCUUGGGGUGGAAACCAGGGCCGGAGCAGAAGCAAGCCUGGUGCCCAGGUCCUCGCAGCGGCCGCUUUCAGGCGGCAGUGCCUGGCUGCUACCAGCAAAGGCCCCAUGGAGGCCAGGUGGCUGGGCCUUGCCCCUCUGAGCCCCUGCUGCCUGCAGCCGCUUUCCUGCCGCGAUCCCAAGCGCACUGCAGCCCCCUGCCCCGUGUGGACCCUGCCUUGACUGUUUCCCACCCUAGCUGGAGCUGUUUAUCAUCACUCCAACUUUCACUAAAAAGGUGAAACUAUCA